GUCAAAGGUCAUUACGAACACUUACCGCCAUUUUCGUUGUGUUCUGAACACGGAUGUUGAAAGUUUCUGACAUACUUUUGACGAUUUAAGUCGACUUAGCGACGGUUUGCUACCCUAAACCGUCCCAAAUGAGUGCCGUAGGACUUCGAGGCCUCAUCAUGAGGCUGGACAAGCGGGUGGAAGCGCUUCUUCCUCAGAGAAUCCGCGCCGUUUGGAACCAUCCCGCCGGACCGAAGACGAUUUUUUUCUGGGCGCCGUCCUUCAAGUGGGCCCUGGUUAUCGCAGGGAUUGCAGACGUUGUGAGACCGCCGGAGAGACUCAGUGUCUACCAGUCCAGCGCUCUAGCUGCUACGGGAGUCAUCUGGUCCAGAUACUCAUUUGUAAUCAUCCCAGUGAACUACAACUUGUUCAGUGUGAACAUUUUUGUAGCGGCCACAGGGUUCUUCCAGUUGUCCAGGAUAUACAUGUACAGAAAGUCUCUCAAGGAGCUCCCCCCAACAGAGGAGGCGGAAACUGCAGAAACAGGAAAAACGCCAGCAGCAUGAGGCUGUCUACAGUCUGAUGUUCAAAUGUAGUGCUGUGUUUUAGCUAUAAGCAGGUUCAUGGAUUGAACUGAGCAUGUGCAAAGUCAAAGGUGAAGGAUCCCUAACAAAAAGUAACAUGGAAACAACUAUAUCUAGACCAGGACUGUCUCAUUUUUUUUUUAAAAUCCCCUACCGUUAGUCAAUUUUUGUUGUAAAAGCGGUCAUUUUAAGCAUCGAACAAUACAUUUUCAUUAUCUAGCAGUUCAGAUCUUUUUUCUCCAUCCCAACAAAGAAAUUUCUGUUCCGGGAUAGUGAGAGAAACAGUCCUGGUCCAAACUAUGCUUUAUACAUGUGCAGACAUGUUUAUAUAUCAGGGGCCUUCAACUUUGACAUGUUACUCGCAGUGCGCAUGUGCAGUUCGAUCAAUGAAUUGGCCUAUCGAAAUGAAGCCUUAGAUAGAUAUAUUACGAAACUCUAGACUAUGGUUGGAGUUUUACCUUAGAUAUACAAUUGAAGAAAACUGCCACUUGCCGUACUCUUUGCUGUAGCUAUUACCUUACUCAGGAUGGUUGACCCACUACUUUUGUCACAUGACCAUACAGGGUCAUAGUUCAAAGGUGACAGGUCAGACUGAACUGAUUACUAAAAGUACCUAUUUUGUGUCUAUUAAUGUCUUUCAGUAAAGUUAAUACCUGAAAUGCAUGAAGCAUUGGAAAUGGAGCAUUAUUUGAAGUUUGAUAGAUUUAUUGCUAUUGGUAUUUAAGAUAAUCUAAAAUGCUAAGAAUACAACAAGAAAUUUCUCGAUUUUUGCUUGUGUGAUUUUCAAAAGAGUCCAAAGAAUGUUGCAUUUUUGCAGAAGUAAGUUUCUUGUUUAUAUUUAUUGAUAAACAAAGGCUAUGUCAAUUAUGUAUUUAUAUGAUGUGUGGAAUGGGGUUUGAACUUGACUUUGGACAUUUGGAAUCUGAUUCAAAAAAGGCUUGUAACAGAUGUUAAGGUGUGUAUAUUAGUACUUGCAAACAUAUCAUAUAGGCUACUGCUUUGGCCCACUGUUUCCCUCACACUCAAACCCAAUGGUUUUAGCUAAAUUUUCAAAUAAUAAAUCUUAAGUUUCUGAAAAAAGAUUAUAUCAGCUUUUGUUAUAGAACUGUAUGGAAAUAUUUUAGGUAAGUGUCUUAAAUAAAGGUUGUGAGCUUGGUGUUUAAGAUGAAAAAUGACAGGACACUGUUAAGCCCUUUAGAUAUUGUCUUGAUUGAUCUGCUUGGAGAUUGAAGGCUCAUAAAAACACAAAGUGCCACGAUUUCAUUUUGUCAUCUUUAAGUUUUUGAUAUCAGUAUUAUUAUACAUCAAAUGUGUCAAAAUGUGCAAGCUUCUUGCCAGUGAGGAUGUCAAUUUUUGUAUUCUGCCACCAAUCCGUCACAACCAUUGUUAUUAAGUCAAACAUGAUAGUAUUUAA